CUCAUUCCUCUAAACAAGAUUCCUCUAUCUGCUCCAGUCUCCUGUUGCUUGUUUUGUGCCAUCUGUGAACUAAAUUCGGUUCAAAAUCGUCAUCGCCGUCGAAUGUCUAUAGCAUAUCAUCCAUUUUAAUAAAGUGCUUCAAUUUAUUUGUCUAUUAUUUUCUAUCGUGGUGUGUUUUCCCUUCUGUUUGGUGUUCUCAAAAGAAAACUCUUCUCUGCGACUGUUUUGUCUAGCUAGCUGCAAGAGCAAGUGUUCAAAGUGUAUCUCGUCGUCGUACUCGUAUCUAAACAAAUUAAACCAAAACUUCUAAACCACCACACUGUCACCAUCGGAGCUGAUAUAGUUCCUUGCCUCAUAGUCGGAGAACCUACAUUCUAUUAGAAAGGGGCAAUAGCAAUAUAAAAUAGAUAAGAUAACGAGAGCGAUAACGAAACGAAACAUCCAAAAAAGUAAAAUAGAAAGACAAACAAAUUAGAAUACAAAGAACACAUUUGUGUGCAACUAAAAAGAGGGGAAUUCGAUUUGGAAGACUUUUUUCGGGAGCGACGACGCGACACUUCGAAGCUAAGGCAACACCAUGAGCCAAUCAUGUCUACCAGUCAACGCGAAAAUGUCGAAGGCGAAAAAGGUUCUAGACGAAGCCCGUGAAACACAAAAUCGGGAAAUCGAUUUGGUGGAAAAGGGCAUUGCUUCCUUUGAAGAAAUGCCAGGAUUGUUGUCCAUGGCCAACAUAACUCGCCUCACUCUAAGUCACAAUAAACUUAGCACAGUACCAGCUGGCAUUGCCAAUCUAGCCAAUUUGGAAAUUCUAAAUUUCUCCAACAACGUUAUUCGUGAAUUGCCUGUUUCGUUGUCUUCGAUGCCAAAGCUAAGAAUUCUAAAUGUCUCCAUCAAUCGUUUGGACACACUGCCUCGUGGAUUUGGUGCUUUUCCAGUUCUCGAAGUACUCGAUUUAUCCUACAAUAAUUUAAAUGAACACCAAUUGCCAGGGAAUUUUUUCAUGAUGGAAACCCUACGUGCCCUGUAUUUGGGUGAUAAUGAUUUUGAAUUUAUACCCAAAGAAUUGGGUAAUUUAAAGAAUUUACAAAUUCUUGGUCUUCGGGAUAAUGAUUUAUUGGAAAUCCCAAGAGAAAUUGGUGAAUUGACAAGGCUAAGGGAAUUGCAUAUUCAGAAUAACCGAUUGACAAUUCUACCACCGGAAGUAGCACAACUAGAUUUGCUUGGCAAUAAGUCAGUUAUGAAGAUGGAAGAGAAUCCAUGGGUGCAACCAAUUGCCGAACAGUAUUUGUUGGGAAUUAGUCAUGUUAUUGAUUAUUUAAAGACGGAGACAUACAAGAUAUUGUAUAAUCGGCAUAUACAAAAUGGUCGUGGAGGACCAGUUCCACCAAAAGCAGACAAGAGCAAGAAAGCUUCCAGAGUACGAGGAUAGAACAAAAGAACACCUUUAAUACCCUUUUCCAUCACCUUAAGUUCUUGUGCCGUUGUUUUUAUAUGUUUUAUUUUUUAUUGUUAGAUAUCAAAUAAUAUGUUUAACAAAUAUUUUCUUAAUCGAAUUUACAAUAUUUUCUAACUAAUAAAUGUUUUUAAAUUAACAUUAUAUGUAAAAUAUAUUUUUGGUACACAAAAUGAGUAACUAAAAGAAUUGAUUUGUUCAAAAAAUACA